CCCUACACCAGUACACUAUUAUGUAGGGAAUUAUGUAGGCUGUUUGCACCCCCUUUAGUGCACUAAAAGUGCAGUCGGAGUAAUUAGGAUUUCAGCCUGAAGUAGCGAGUUGACACACCGUUAAAGCAGCUAUAUGUUAUCAACACCACUAUUAGCGUUUUAAUGAAAUAGUCUUUGUUUGUUUGUUUAUGCCGUGAACGCGGAUUAUGAGCGAGCGGGACGGAGCUCCGACCCGCAGCAGCUGCUGAGCCAGUUUGAGUCAUCUAUAUGGGCCAUCUUCUCUCAAUAAAUGGCCUUUGCUUGAAGAAGAGAUCACAGACGCUGCGCAAGAAGAAGAAAAGGAGGAGCUGCUUUUUUCGGGGCCCGUGCAUGCUCUGCUUCUUCAUCCGUGGCAGCAGCAGCAGUGACGGCUUCGAAGCUGACUGUCAUUACGACUCCAGACUGGCCAAGUUGAGCUCGCCUGAGGACUGUGCCAAAUUCCUCCUGUCGCCUGCGGAGUUGGCAGUGUGGGAGUGCCAGGGCCGGAGCCUGCUCUCCUCAGUGCCAGCCAGGCUCAUUGGACCACCAGCGCUCUUCUGCACCGAUUAUUCAGAGAUGGUGUGUAAGCGCAAGAGUGGCGAUCCACAGCCAUUGGCUCCAUGCAAGCAGCCCCGCUGUACUUCCCAGGAGACAACAGAUAGUGAAGAGGAUGAGAAGAAUGUCAGCCAGUCCCUACUGCCCCAGCUUUGCCCACUGCCUUCCUCCUCGUCGUCCUUUUCAGAGGAGCAAGAGAGCUCAGUAGUGGGGCUUCAGGUGGACUCAGAGCAUAACCUAAGCAAUGACAAGGCUCCGGAUAUCUCCUCUUCCUCUUCCUCCUCAUGCCUUCUCACCCUUAGUAGUGCAGCAGAGGAGGGAAAGAGUGUUGAGAUCACAGACACAUCCCGAAUCAACCACCUACCCUCGUCCAUACUACUCAAGGUUUUCUCUCACUUGUCAGUGAAGGAGCGUUGUCUUAGUGCCUCCCUGGUCUGCAAGUAUUGGCGGGACCUCUGCUUAGACUUCCAAUUCUGGAAGCAAAUUGAUCUCAGCGGCCUGAGACAAGUGAGAGAUGACCUGCUCGUGAAGAUUGCAUCUUGGAAACAAAAUGUGACGGAACUGAACAUCUCAGACUGCCGAAACGUCGAGGACUACGGUGUAUGCACUCUAGUCUCUCAGUGUCCUGGUUUGCUGAAAUACACAGCUUACCGCUGCAAGCAGCUCAGUGAUGCGUCUCUCUGUGCUGUGGCCUGGCACUGCCCACUGCUGCAGAAAGUGCAUGUGGGAAAUCAGGACAAACUGAGCGACCAUGCCCUCAAACAGUUGGGUGAACACUGCUCAGAGCUGAAGGACAUACAUUUUGGGCAGUGCUACAAUGUCAGUGAUGAGGGUCUGAUAGCGCUGGCGAGGGGUUGCCCCAAACUGCAGAGGAUUUACAUGCAAGAAAACAAACUGGUGACGGACAGAUCGGUGCAGGCGUUCGCAGAACACUGUCCAGAGCUGCAGUUUGUGGGCUUCAUGGGCUGCUCGGUCACCUCACAGGGAGUUAUACACCUCACCAGGCUGCGGAACCUGAGCAGUCUGGAUCUCCGACACAUCUCUGAGCUGAACAACGAGACAGUGAUGGAGGUGGUGAGAAAUUGCCGGAACCUCAGCUCCCUCAACCUUUGCCUCAAUUGGAGCAUCAAUGAUAGAUGUGUGGAAAUCAUUGCUAAAGAGGGAAGAAGUCUCAAAGAGCUGUACUUGGUUUCUUGCAAGAUCACAGACUAUGCAUUGAUAGCUAUUGGGCAGUACAGCAGCACCAUCGAGACGGUAGAUGCAGGCUGGUGUAAGGAAAUCACAGACCAAGGAGCCACACAGAUCGCUAAGAGCAGCAAGUCCCUGCGCUACCUGGGCCUGAUGAGGUGUGAUAAGGUGAGCGAGGAGACAGUAGAGAGACUGGUCCUGCAGUACCCACACAUUGUGUUCAGCACAGUGAUGCAGGACUGUAAGCGAACUCUGGAAAGGGCCUAUCAGAUGGGCUGGAGCCCCAACACCUCCACUGCAUCCUAGCUAUCUAUCACACACACACACACACCUAUAUUCAGUCAUAUCAGUAAAGAUGAACUGCUGUUUGCCUUCCUUUUUCAGCACAGCUAGUUGAAUUUCAAAGCAUUAACAUUGUGCUGGUACAAUUUCAACGGGCUAGUAUUGAUUUGUUUGCAAUUUACUUUAUUAUUAACUUUCCUUUUUUUUUUUUUUUUUUUUUUUUUUGAAAAACUAUUAUCAUAAGCAGAUGUUAAUAUUUACAGACUUUAGUCAUCCAAAACAAACAUCUUGCUAGCACAUGCUCAUCCUUUUUCAUGCAACUGUGUGCAAUCCAAGCAUUACUGUCUGAGGAAUAGUUUAUCUCUUGGGAGUUUUAUUUGUGUUCAUCACAAAACCUGUACUGUUAAACACCCACCAUAUUCUUCCAGAAUUUCAGUCCAUGAUUUAUGACAAUAUUCUCAUAGAAAUGCCACCGUGAAGUUUAGUAACAAGUCAUUGCUUGACUACACAGAUACACAGAUUUUUCAGUAAUGUUUUGAACAGUUAUUCUGGUUAUCUUAUAGUUGAAACUGAUUUCUUUAUUGUGGACCGGACUCAAUAAUAUCUACCUUUUAUGGUACAUUUGUUUCCGGGUGUUUCAGUCCAGUGAAGUAGGCAACCUCAUCACAUAUAAAUCUAACUCAGCGUUCAUAGUAAAAACAGAAUAUUGGGCUUGUGAUAUAUCCAGGAUUAUAGGGAGUGUUAUAGAAAAUAUUACGUGUUAUGUUUAAACCCUCUGUUCUUCUUUCCUUUAAAAAAAAAAUGUUGUUUAACCCUUGUGAUAUUGUACACGGUGGUUUGAAGUUGCUUUUGGCUGUUGAGAACUUUUGGAGAAAAAAAAAUAACAACAAAAAAAAACAAGGGUUCUUCAGUAUGGAAUUUUGCAUAACCUUUUAUUCAUAUGCUGCCAGGCUACUGUAUUUGCCUGCGAUCUGACUGAGAUGUGGAAUGAUAACUCUUCCAUUUGAAGUAGAAAGAAUACUCCCUACCACACACACACACACACACACACACACCUCAUUUCCAUAGCUGGCCUGUGAUAUACUCUUAUGCAAACCAGGGUAUUUUCCUAUUGUGUAAGAAACAGCUACAGCCAGUUCUCAUAGCUGCUGCACUGCAUCAUGUUCUAAGGGGAACCACAGGUCUUAGUGAACAUUUUCCUUUUGCUGUACUUAGGGAUUAGAGUCAAUUAAACCAUACAUUUCUAAUUCAGUAUAGGCUCCUAGACUGUUUGUACCUAAGUGUGUAUGUUCCCUUCAUGAGUGUGUGGAGUUUUUGAGGCCAGAUUUUGAUUGAAUAAUUGAAUGGGGUGAAUGAAAUAAGGAAUAAAACCUUCCUUUCCUUGUAUUUUGCUUUUGUGCUCUGUUUUAUCUGAGACCUCCCGUUGUCAUUAUGUUACACAGACAGGCUUGGCAUUUACUAACCUAACCUUUUUGUCCUUUUUUUCAACCAUUCUGCCAGAACAAGAGGAUUUGUUUAUUCCCUUUGGGAAUAAUUUGUCAGAUUAUGACAUAAAUAUAAAGAUGGUAAUCAAGUCCUUACCAACACACCAUCUUCAAAUGUUGUCUUUUCCUCCGUAACAGAGUUCCCUCUUUAUCCUAGCCAGGAAUGCACCCCUCAUGGGACACCAAUGCAUUGAGGAGCAUUCAAACACAGUCCACUUCUCAGCCUGUUUUUAGGAAGUGGAAGGAACAAAACAAGGGGAGAACAUGAAACUCUGCACAAACAGAAACCCGAGAUCAAGAUCAAACCCCGAAGCCUAGAGCUGUGAGCAACAACACUAACCUCCACCGUGCUGCUGUUAAGUAUUUAAAUAAACACAGGGCUUAAGCGUAUAUAACUGUGCUUUUUCUGAAUCCAACGAAGCUCUAAUUCACAUCUAAUCAGGUUUCUCUUCAAGGUCAUGUUGUUGUCUUUCACUGAUGAUCACAAUGAUGCAUAUAUAAACAGAUGCACUGUUCAGAGUCUCUUAUUCAACAUGUUCGCUCAACUGAGAUCUUCUCUGCUACCAUUUCUCUCUUAUUUUUUCAUCACAAAUCAUUUAUAAAAACAAUCAAAACAAUUCAGAAUACAGUCCAUUUGGUUUAAUAAAGCAUUUCAAUAAUAGGCACAAAAACUGUCACAAUUAUUCACUUCUUAAUUAAAUAUAAACAUAACUCCUUAUAUAUAAACCCUUUAGCUUUAAGAACAUUAAUUAAAAUUAUUCUGAUUUUAUCGAUAUCACAGUAAUUCUCUUUUUGUUUUUUAGUAAAAAAAUGUUUAUUAUUCUGUCUCUGUUCACUAUUUUAUAUUAUAUGUAUUAUGUAUUAAAGGCAGAUGGUUGUA